AUGGCACCAAUUACGAAUCCAGAAGAGACUGUAGAUGCCUACAUUCUCCGCCUCGACAGUGUCGGCUCUUUCACCUACGCACUUGUGAUGAUAAUCGUCCCCCUCAAACUCUGGUGUCGCAGAAGAGCAGGCGGCUGGGCGAACAUUGGACUGGAUGAUUACUUGAGCAUUGCCUCUCUAUUCUUCGCCAAUGGCUUCUUCUGGGUCAGCAUGAUGGGGAUGAGAGACAUGCUUGGACGACACGUUGCCGAUCUGCCCGAUCCUAUGAUGAUUAUCGAGUUCUUGAAAUGUGUCUGGAUCGCUCAACUCAUGUACACGUUUGCAAUCACAAGCACCAAACUCGCAGUCCUUGCGUUUUACUGGCGGCUGUUUGCUGUCAGUGCCAGGGUGAUCAUAUGGGUCGUGGCUGGCAUGUGCAUAGCAUGGUUCAUUGGUAUUGUGGGUACUUGUUCACCCGAAUCAGAGUUUCUGCUGACAGCAAGUGAACAGUUCUUCAGUGUCAUCUUCAGCUGUUUACCUGUCCACGCGGCCUGGGAUGUCACCAUCACCAAUGCGAAGUGCAUUCCGAUUCGAUCGAUAUACUUGGGUGGAUCAAUACCUAAUGUCAUUCUCGAUCUCGUCGUAGUUCUCAUGCCUUUACCCUACGUAUGGCGCCUUCAGGCUCCACUCGCACAGCGACUGAUCCUUGCGGGUAUGUUCAUACUGGGAACCUUUAUCGCCGUGGUCUCGCUGGUCCGUCUCAUCAUCUUCCUCAGCAUCCCCAUUGCAACAUCCGGCGACGUGACCUUCAACUUCCGCGAGAUAAUCGUGUGGUCAAUUGUUGAAAUCAACGUCGGUCUCAUAUGCGCCUGCAUGCCUAGUCUCAAGCCCGCUUUCGCCGCCAUCGGUCUCAACAGGCUCUUCACCUUUAACGGAUCACGCAACUCGGAUAACAAGUCGCCGGGACCCAGCAGUGGCUACCAAUCUAGUGGAUUCGGGGGCUCCAACAAGCCGCGCCCGCGUAAGAAGGGCUCGACUGGUGGCUUGUUUUCGACAAUCGGGGGACUCACAAAGUCGGAUAGCGAAGAAGAGCUGAAGACUGUGGAUACAGGAUAUGGGAAGAACCAGACCGAUAUUGUGAUGACGCGGUUGAGCGACGACAGUACGGCCCCUGCGCAGGGACCCUCGCCAAAUGAGGGCAUCAGUGUGCAGAGGGAUUGGAGUGUGUAUAUUGAUCACUCGGGCGCGCGAACAGGUGAUGGGCGCAUAUAA